UUUUUUUAAAUCCUCAUCCACCUGUCUUCUGCCAUACCAUGAUGCUCCUUGCUGUUCUCUUCCUGCAAGUUCUCCCUCAAGCUUGGACUGGGAGCGGUGGAUCCCACUGGACAUAUGAAGGGUCCCACGGACAGGAGCACUGGCCGGACACUUACCCAGACUGUGGCUGGAAAGCUCAGUCCCCUAUCGAUAUCGAGACGGGCACAGUCCAAUACGACCCUUCCUUGCCUCCGGUUGAGACGUCGGGGUAUCGGAAUCCAGGAGGCGAUGACUUCACCCUGAUAAAUAACGGACACACAGUGCAGAUGUCUCUGCCCCCCAGCAUGCGACUGCACGGUUUGCCCAAGAUCUUUACGGCCGUUCAGCUGCACCUCCACUGGGGUAGGAAGGGGAGCCUCGAAGGGUCAGAGCACAAGGUGGACGGGAGGCCCUUCCCGGCAGAACUUCACGUUGUCCAUUACAACUCGGAAAAGUACAGCAACGUGAGCUUGGCAAUGCACCACCCAGAUGGGCUGGCGGUCUUGGGCGUUUUCCUGGAGCCCGGCGAUGCGGAGAACUCUGCCUAUGACCACAUCCUGGACCUCCUGGACAAGAUCCAGUAUGCAGAACAGAAAACCACCGUUGCCCCAUUCAACGUCCGUGACCUCCUGCCGGUACAUUUGGGCCACUUUUUCCGCUACAAUGGCUCUCUGACCACCCCGCCUUGCUUCCAGAGCGUUCUGUGGACUGUCUUCCACCAGCCCGUCCAGCUCUCAGCCGCCCAGCUAGAGAAGCUGCAGAAGUCUGUCUAUAGUACAGCAGAAGGGGAAGCCCACCCAGAGCUCCUCGUGGAUAAUUUCCGGGCUCCGCAAUCCUUGAACACCCGAGUAGUGCUUGCUUCAUUUCCCGUGGGGCCACCAGGAUAUUCUGCAGGUGAGAUUGUGGCCAUCAUUUUCGGGGUGCUUUUGGGGUGCCUGGGCAUUUUCCUCGCCGGCUGGAUUGUGGCGAAGAGAAUACGGUGAGAUGCGGACACAGACUGAGGCCGUGCUGGUUCCUUCUUCCGGCAGGAGGGAGAAGCGGAUGCAGGAACAAAAGGGCGUCGUCUUCACCUCUUCUUCCCGGCGAGCGGUUUUGGACUGACGCCUUGACUUGCGACGCAGACAGGCUCCCUCUGAACCUCCUCCUCCUCCUUUGCCCUGGCACACACACACACAAAUUACACAUUUUGCAGGGCCAGGAAGGGCAGAGGAUGAGGCCACAGAAAUUUGGCCCUCCCAAUGUUGAGGAACUACAACUCCCACCCCCUUCCCUUGGUGGGAGUUAUACAGGUGAA